AAGAGCAAAGAGAGAGAGCAUGGGGAAUACCAGCCUGCUGCUCCUUGUUCUCAUCCCGGCAGGUGCCCUGGGGAGCUGGAUUAUCGGGGGGAAGGAAGUCAAGCCCCAUUCCCGGCCCUACAUUGCUUCCAUCCAGCUGGAUGGCCGACAUGUCUGCGGGGGAUUCCUGGUCUGGCGCAAGUGGGUGAUGACGGCGGCUCACUGUGUGAUUCCCAGACAUUCCUCUGCCGUGCGCGUCGUGCUGGGGGCUCACUCCCUGAAACACCAGGAGGCCUCUCAGCAGAUCUUCAGCAUCCGGGAAUCCGUCAUGCACCCGCACUUCAACGCCCGGACGGUCCACAAUGACAUCCGCAUGCUGGAACUGAACAAGUCGGCCACCUUUAACCAGUUUGUGAAGCGGAUCAGCCUCCCCCGACCCAACAUCGACCUCCCUCCUGGGGUCGUCUGCAGAGUGCUGGGCUGGGGCGACACCUCCAAUUUUGGCACCAUCCCCACCGAGCUCAGGGAAACCAAGACGACCAUCGUGGACAGGAAGAUCUGCAAUGCGCUGUGGGUGGGUCACGUCAACAAGGACAUGCUGUGCGCCGCCAGCCUUAACAGCACCCUCCAGGGGGUCUGCUCGGGGGACUCUGGGGGCCCCCUCAUCUGUGGGGGCAGAGUACACGGCAUAGUCUCCUUCUCCGGGCAGCGGUGUGGGAAUCGCAGGUACCCAGACAUCUACACUCGGAUUUCCAAGUACAUCUCCUGGGUCCACGACGUACUGAAGCGCUUUUAAUACUGGAGACGAGAGCUCCGGGGGCUCCUUUUGUGACAGGGAUUCUGAAGAGGGGGAAGUUGGGACUAAGAAAAAGAGGGAGGGAUCUUUCUCUGUUGGGCAGUUAAUGUGUGUUUCAUUAUAAAGUCUAUGGGGUCUGGUGUUUAGGAUGGGGCGGGGGGAAAUGUGCAUCAGGACUCGUGAGUUCUAUUCCCCGCUAUGUGAGGGGCAUGUGGUCUAGGGGCAACUAGCAGUUGGGGCUUCUGUGUUUUAUUCCCACUUGGCCACUGACUGAAUCCCUUCCUCACACUGUGCCUCAGUUUCCCCAUCUGUACCAUGGGCAGAAAGGUACCUACCUCACAGGGCUAUUGGGGGAGGCUUCAGGAGUUAGUAUCUGUGAAGUGCUUGGAGAUGCUCAGGUGAAAGGGGCAGAGAGGUGAUGCCCAUCAUCUUGCCUGAGGUAUUUCAGGACAAGCCUAGCUCUGCAGUAGCAUUGUACCAUCUGGGCCUACACUUCCCUGUCCUACGCAGCCUCACAAAAUGAGCGUACAGAAGGAUACAUGCCUGGAGGAUCAUCACCCAAGCCGCAUAUAAUGCUUGAUGUAAUACAACAGCCCAGGAGGGUCAGGCUUGAACCUACAACCUUUGGAUCUAAGCACACAGGCCUCUAUGGACUGAGCUAGAAGAGCCACCUCUGUGUCUUCUUCACAAACCUCUAUGUAGCCCAGCCGCUAGCAGUGACAAAGCCCCUCCUUGUUGGCCUGAGUUACACCGCUACCCUUUUCACCGGGCUGUCCCAGACAGCCACCACAGGGCAGCGUGGGCCCCACUCUCCCCCGAUCAGUAUCACAGCCUCUGGGCCUGCAACGCUGGAGCGUUCCGCUUACAAACCUCCGCUCGGAGGACACCUGAAAACCUGGCCGAGGCUGAUCCAUCCUGUUACCUCCGUUGUUACCAGGGCUCUAGUAUCCCUGCAGGGACAUAAGCGCUUUGCUGGGAGAAGCUGGAAUGGCCGUCGCUGCUCGCUCCGCUUUGUUUCUGCUCCUC